CGAAGCGUAAUGGCAAAGGAUACUUGACCAGUGUUGCUUUAUCCUGCCCAAACAAAGGUGAUUAACAGUGUAGACGUUCGAACCACUGCACUUUGUUGCCGUCGUCAUUUGCCCCGGGAAUUACCGAAGAAUAGUCUUUCCAAACGUCCCACUCCUCUGUUGUCCGUUUGUUUCGUUGCGCCAGACUUGCUUGCUUCUGCCCUCUUCUUCUUUCCCGCACAAGAAUUACUUCCAUCACCGUAAUGACUUUCCGGGAUCGAAGUCGACUCAGUGGAAGUGGCAAUAGGAAUAGGGAGGCUUCCUCUUUGGUUCCUAACAACAUCAUGUCUUGCCAUAUCCUAUCCCCGUGGACUGACUGGGUGGAACAAUGUCAAGUAGAUUUGCUCGGAUCGUGCGACGACAAUUGCGCUUCUCGCCAUGUAUUGGGGGAAUCCUGGCAACGAAAUGGAGGUCUAGCGGAUGGGCAGCGCGGACUGGAUUUACGGCGGGCGGAUUACGCCAUUUGGCACGAUGAUGUGUUGGAAGCGCUCUUACAAGAGCAGCAGAUGCAAUUGAAUUCGGCUUCAUCUUUUAGUUCCAGCACAUUGGAUUCGUCUUUUGAGAAGGAACAGCAGCAAGAAGAAAAAAAUGAUGUUUCUGCGCCUGUUACCGGAGCGCUGAAAUCUGGCGUCCGCAAGAGACCUCUGCGGCGUAGGAAUACGAGUCCGAUGCGCAACACUGCUCCAAGCAAGCCUGCGCAAGUGACGCCGUUACGAGCAAAGAGUCAUUUCAAUCUUCCGAACGAGCAAAAAUAUUUCUCCUCGCGCAACUCGCCCGUGACUGUUACGGGAAGCACAAGGUCCAACGUUAACAACAACAAGAGCGCCUCCGUGACAUCCACUUUGUUGGCCCGCGAUCCGGGACUAUUUCUGCAUCCCUUAGUUCAACUACAAAAAGACAAGGGCAAAGGAGAACCGAUUGGUACCGCAGUCUGUGCAAACGGGGUAUCCGAAGUCUUGCAGAAACUUCGCUCCAAAAUGAAGGUAAUCACCGAACUAGCUAUCGAUGCGAAGAAAGGUUCAGCUACGAUGAAACGCAAGCAAGCCCGCGUGAGCAUGCAAGACGCAAAAUUUAUCGAAACACGAUCAGUUCUAGAACUGCGCAUGGGAUUUUUGUCAAUUCAGUAUGGUGUGUUAUUGCGUUGGGAUGUGGUGGAAACUGGGCAAGUUGUAAUGGUAGUCUUGCGCAAAAUGUGCUACGAUCACUUCUAUCCUUCCAAGAGUCUACGACCGACGCAAGCGCGACUGAUUCAGCAUCGGCUGGAUGACGAGAAAGCCAUUUACCACGAAGGAGACGCCAUUUCGCCCCGGACGGACGGGACAGAAGUGACUUUACUCGAACCUCCUUAUGCUGUGCCUCGACCAGAAAUAUUUGAACCAGCGCAACUAGCGGCUCGCAUCGUCAGCGCCAAGGGACUGUCCCCGAAAAGCUCCUGGACAGUGCAAUUGUCGCACGAAUCUGUCGAAGUCUGGCUGCCACUCUCCUGCGACAAAACUACAGGAUCUUACGUCGUCAAAUCAUCCGCAUCUCCGGCUAGCUUUUCACAAUCGCUGGCUCCUGAAUACGACCUUCAAGGCUCAAUCAUGGAGAUUGUCCUGUGGGAGAGUCCCAAACGCCGUCCCGGACUCAAGCGUGCUGUAGCAAAGUUACCCAUUCCCCUACACGUGCUUGGUAUUACACCAGUACGAAUGUCCCUGCCGCUUCACGCCUUGCAUCGGAACAGUAGUAAUGUCGAUGUCGGUAGCUUGGAAUUGGAACUCGCUUGGAAAAGUCCGCAUCAAGCUUGGUUAGACAUGGAGCUUCGGGCCCGCCGGAGGCUCGAGCGACAGCCGUCGUCGCCUGGAAAACCCGUGCAGAUCGUAAUGGAAGAAGAACCACCCGAAAGCAAGUGGGAUUGGAUUUGUUACCUUUGCUAGAGCUGCGCAAGAAACCCCUUAUCCGUUCAGG